CGAUAUGGUUGAGACGACCACUCCGCCCAGUGGAGUUGCUGUGAAGCGUUAUCCAUCUAACUUACAACAUAUGAGUCACAGUCGUCAAGGUUCGCGCUCUCCACCGUCAAGCACGCCAAAUGCCGCAUAUUUGACCACAGCCAUGCUUUUAAACUCGCAACAAUGCGGUUACUUGGGACAACGAUUGCAAUCGGUAUUGCAACAACAACAACAAAAUCAGUUGCAGCAACAUCAACAUCAACAGCAUCAGCAAUCGCAAUCACAAACUCCCUCUUCCGACGAUGGAUCACAAUCAGGCGCCACCAUCAUUGACGAAGAGCGACCACACAGACCUGCAGCAGGCACGGCGGCGGCAGCAGCGGCUUCACUCUUUACUAUUGACAGUAUUUUAGGUGGUUCAAGAUCUACAGUUAAUAGUAAUAUUAUUAACAACAGUAACAACAAAACCGCCAAUAGUCAUAUAGUUGUCGGUGGCACAAAACGUUCCGAUUCCCCCGCCUCACCUAGUUCUAACUCCAGUUCAGCCGCAACAAGUCCUAUACGACCGCAAAGGGUUCCUGCCAUGUUGCAGCAUCCCGGCUUGCAUUUAGGUCAUUUAGCUGCAGCGGCAGCAAGCGGAUUCGCCGCAUCUCCAUCCGAUUUUUUAGUUGCGUACCCGAACUUCUAUCCGAAUUACAUGCACGCCGCCGCGGUCGCUCAUGUGGCUGCAGCGCAAAUGCAGGCACAUGUCAGCGGUCACGGUGCCGCGGCGGCCGCAUUGGCAGCGCACACACAUCCCCACCAUGCGCAUCACUUGCACCAUCCGCAUCACCCGCAUCAUCAUGUGGCGCAUCAUUUGGGUCAUGGGCCGCCCCCGAAGCGAAAGCGCCGUCAUCGCACAAUUUUCACCGAGGAGCAAUUGGAGCAGCUAGAGGCGACUUUCGAYAAGACACACUAUCCCGAUGUGGUAUUACGUGAGCAGUUGGCGCUGAAAGUGGAUCUUAAAGAGGAGCGCGUGGAGGUAUGGUUCAAAAAUCGUCGGGCCAAGUGGCGUAAGCAGAAGCGCGAAGAACAGGAGCGCCUGCGUAAGUUGCAGGAGGAGCAGUGCGGCGGCGCCAGCAACACGCCAGCMGGGGCCUCAGUCGCCUCGGGCAUUGCCACGGUGAACGCCAACGGCGCGGUAAUGGCCGCUGUGGCGAAUCUAAAAUGUGCCGCCGAGGAUUACGCCAGUCAGCUUAGUCACCACAUUAAAACCGAUCCGAAUAGCUAUAACAGCGAUGCGGAUGAGUCAUCCGACCUGGAAGUGGCAUAAAACUCUGUCCGCCAUUUAUUUGUACAUAUGUAGAUUUUCACAUUAAUUUUAAAGUAGUCUGUACCAUAUAAUUUAGUUGAUAUAUACUCGGACCAAAAUAGUAUUUGUAAAGUUUCAAAUUUGUGCAUUUAGACGUUCCUACACACCGCUGUAUAUACUUAGAUAAAAGCAAAACUGUACGUGAGUAAGUGGCGCAUUUGUUUUUUUCCCGAAAAAUCAAUUUUAUAAUAUAMAUUU